CCGCCCCCCCAGUGCGACUAUCGUCCUUCCCUUCGCGGCGCUCAGUGACAUUGAACGCACACGCGCCACCGCCGCCCCUGGGGCCCAGUGCUGGUCGGCGGAGUAGGCGGCCAUGGGGAGCCUCCGCGGCCUGCGCCUGGCGGCUGGAAAUUAUUUUAGGUUAUGUGAAAGAGAUGCUUCCUCAUUUCUAAGGCCUACCAGAAACUCUGAUUCAAAGAGAAUAAAUGGAUUUUGCACCAAACCACAAGAAAGUCCAAAAGCUCCAACCCACACUUACAGCCACAGGGUGCCAUUACAUAAACCUACGGAUUGGGAGAAGAAGAUACUUAUAUGGUCAGGUCGCUUCAAAAAGGAAGAUGAAAUCCCAGAGACUAUCUCGUUUGAGAUGCUUGAUGCUGCAAAGAACAAGAUCCGGGUGAAGAUCAGCUAUGUGAUGAUUGCUUUGACAGUGGCAGGAUGCAUCUUGAUGAUUAUUGAGGGCAAGAAGGCUGCCAAAAGAAACGAGUCUUUAGCAAGCAUGAACUUAGAAAAGAAAGCUCGUCUGAGAGAGGAAGCUGCUGUGAAGGCCAAAACAGAGUAGCAGACAUACCCAUGUUGGCUGAUUUUGAAAAUCCAGAAAGUGUUGCAGCAACAAGCAUCUAUAACAAAGAAUGUGGUAUGAGUUUCCCUAUGUCUGCUCUAGAGCUACAAAUAAAUUUUCUUAAAGAAA